ACAAACCCCUAUAUAUAUAUACAUAUUUCCUUCUCUCCUCCCUCCUCUUUCAUAUAGCCGCACACUAAACUUUUCUCUUCCACUCUAGUAGAAAGUAAAUAAUCUGAGUGUGCGAAAAAUACAUUGUGAUAAAAAAUGGAUCGGAAAAAUGCUCUUUGGAUUGGUUUUCUUUGCCUUAUAGUCGCCGGAGUUGGUGGUCAAGCUCCUGCCACGUCACCUACUACUAGUCCUGCACCACCAACACCCACUACCCCUGCACCUACUGGUUCUCCACCUCCGGCAGCUUCAUCUCCGCCGCCGGCAGCAAGUUCACCUCCACCAGCUGUGUCUUCUCCACCACCGUCUGUAGCAUCUCCACCGGCUACUUCACCACCACCAGUAGCUGCUUCUACUCCUCCGCCUGUUAGCGCUCCGCCACCAGCUACUCCUCCACCAGUGAGCACUCCGCCACCAGCUACUCCACCACCAGUGAGCGCUCCGCCACCGGCUACUCCGCCACCAGCUGCAGCACCUUCACCGGUAGCAACUCCACCAGCUGCAACUCCGGCUCCUGCUCCAAAGGCGGUAGCUACAUCUCCGGCACCGUCACCGGUGGGAUUGUUGAGUCCUCCAUCACCACCUAUGGGUGCUCCAUCACCAAGUACUACUUCAGAUUUAUCUCCUGCUGCAUCAGCCCCUGAUCAGAGUGGAAUGGAGAGCAUGAGAUAUUCAAAGGUGAUCAUGGGAAGCUUGGUCUUUGGAUGGGGUCUCCUCUACUUGCUGAUUUAGAAAUCUCUCUCUGAUGCCAUUUGCUUUUGCCACUCACUAUAUAUUAUUAUGAAAUGCCAUCACUUUAGCUAUUAGUAGGAUGAUGAUGGCCUUAUUUUUCUCACUACAUGUACUUGGAUUAUACAUUCACUUGGAUUCUUUUUUGGAGGUUUUCUUGUUGAUCAGAGGGAGCUUAUUUUUGUAUUUUGGUACUAUUAGUAUGCUCAUCUAUUCUUGCUUUCUUCUUA